GAACCAAAUGUCUAUCCAUGGUCAAGUCUAGAUUGCACAACAACACUCAGCAAAGACAGAUAGUUGGGCCGAACCGUUGGCCCAACUCGGAGGGAUUUUGUUUGGUUCACUCAUAGUCACACUUGACAUUUGAUAGCGGCCGUCAGACAACCGAAGAAAAAAAAAAAAGAAGAAGAAAUGGGGAAGCAGCCGGUGAAGAUGAGGGCAGUGGUGUAUGCUUUAUCACCGUUCCAGCAGAAGAUAAUGAGUGGGCUAUGGAAGGAUCUGCCUGCCAAGAUUACCCACAAGGUCUCUGAGAAUUGGAUCAGCGCUACUCUUCUUCUCACCCCUCUCGUCGGCACCUACACGUAUGUCCAAAAUUUCAAAGAAAAGGAGAAGCUGGAACAUAGGUAUUGAAACUAUUGGGAAGCCCCCAUUUUGGUGCUACUAUACUUUCAUGCAUUUUGGUUGGGACUUGGAUUAAGUCUUGAGUUGGUGUGUUUAGUUAUGGAUAUGGGAUAAUGAAAUUGGAACAUUAUCUUCUUUUUGGUUAAUAAAUUUGUGGAUUUGCUCUUCAA